AUGUUGACUUCAGUGGGUUUGGGUAUGAGCAAUUCAUGGAAUUCCUUCACAAGCUCACCAAAUCGAGAAGCUGAACAUAGGCAAUGUGCUAGACACAUUCUGGCCAAUUUUAAUAAAAGGUUUACUGGUCAACAAUACAUAAAGUUAUUUUGGAGGGCUGUAAGGGCUAGUACUGUGGAGAAGUUCAGAGGUGUAAUGGAGAAGAUCAAAUCUAUUGAUACUCAUGCUUAUGAUUACCUUAUAGACAGAGAUCCUACUACCUGGUCUAAGGCAUUCUUUCAAGAAGGAAGAGAUUGUGAUGCAGUGGAGAAUAGGGUCAGUGAGAGUUUCAAUUCUGCUAUUAGGCAUGCUAGAAGGAGACCUAUAAUCACUAUGCUGGAGGAGAUUAGGUUAUUUGUGAUGGAAAGGAUAUACACUCAAAGAGUUGAAGGAAUGGACUGGGAUUUGCUUAUAUGUCCAACUAUUAGGAAGCGUAUAGAAGAUCUGAAGGUUAAACAGAGAUUGUGGGGAGUUACUGCUUGUGGUUAUCAAAAUUAUGAGGUUAGAUUCACUGAUGUUGCAUAUGGAGUGGAUCUAAUUGCAAAAAAGUGUGCCUGUAGAAUAUGGCAACUUACAGGGAUACCAUGCUUACAUGGAGUUGCAGCAAUCUCUUACUUAAAUCAUGAUGCUGGGGCAUAUGUGUCCCAAUCAUACACUACUGAGGCUUACCUAAAAUGCUACAAAUAUAGCAUUAAUCCUCUCAAUAGUAGUGAUAUUUGGCCAGAUGUUCCAUACCAUAAGCCUUUGCCUCCCAAAAGAAGAAGAUUACCUGGUAGGCCAUCAAUGAAAAAGAAGAGGGAUGCAAUUGAACGAGAGUUGACUGGACCAAGUAGACAAACUGUCUCAAGAAGGGGAAGCAUAAUAAAGUGUGGUAUUUGUAAGGAACCAGGUCACAACAAGAAAAAGUGUCCAUCUAACCAGCAAAGCAAUACAUCAGGUGAAUAUUUUUAA